AUGGCCCUUAACCAAGACCAUUUUUCUUUACUUCCAGAAACUCUUCUCAUCACCAUACUCUCACUUCUUUCUCUCAAAGAUGCUGUUAAGACAAGCAUCUUGGCAAAACAAUGGCGUAAUUUGUGGCGUUUUCGGACUAAUGUCGAAAUCAACGACCGCCAUUUCUUAACUAUAAACAAUAAUGGGAACCAUGAACACCAAAAUGAUGAGCCUGAUCAAAUGCAAAACCUUAAAAAACUUCAACAAGUUGCUUGUAUAAACUUUGGGUAUAGAUGGCUUCAAAAUCAAACAAAUUCACCCUCUAUAUCAUCUUUUUCCCUAACUUUUUCCGACCCUCAAAACUACCAAUUUAAUAUUGAGAGUUUCAUAUAUCUUGCCCUUUUACGUCAAACAAAGUCUCUUAAACUUGAUUUCUCAUGUUUAAAUAGUGAGGCACAACUUCCAUUGAAUAAUAGUAGUACGUACGUAGGAAGAUUUGAUCUUCCACAAUUUGUUUAUGAAUACAAGUCAUUGGAGUCCUUAAAAUUGGUGUCAUGUGUUUUUAGGGUUGACAAGUUUAUGUAUCUUGGUCGUACCUUAAAAAGUAUUUCUUUAGGGUGGAUAGAGAUAACUGAUGAAUCCAUACUUCGAAAACUGGUGAAAAAUUGUCCUUUAUUAGAGAGUUUAAUUGUGUCUAAGUGCUUUAAAUCAACGAUUUAUGUGAUUGAAUCCAAAAGUUUGAAGACGUUAAUAAUAGAUAAGUGUGUCGAUUUGUUAGCCCUAAGUGUCAUUGCACCCAAUCUUACAUGUUUCAAGUAUUGUGGGUCAUUUGUGCAAUUUGGAUUGAGCAACUUCCCUAAUUUGGAAAGGGCAGACGUUGAUUUUGGGCUCAUUGAGAUGUUUGAUGAGGAAGAUGGAGACAAGAUUGCCCCUCUCCUCUCCAAGUUCUACUUUGCAAGAUCUCUAACCGUUUGUAGUUACAUAAGUCAGGUAUUAUUUUACAAUGAUCAGGUUUUUCCUCUUGCAUUAAGGCUUCGUGGACGACCUCUUGUGAACAACCUUACAAUAAAAACUGCAUUUCAUCCAUCUGAGUUUAAUGGUAUAUAUCUUCUAUUAGAUACUUAUCCUUUGUUGGAGAAACUCCAGUUCGAGUUUGGACAACCAACUAUCUUCGAGGAAGACUUGGCCUUGCUUGGCCAUGACAUGUACGAAACACUUUGGUCUGAAGAACCAUCGAGGAAUGGCUGCGUGACAAAUAAUUUGAAAGUUGUGGAGAUUAAAGGGUUUCGAGGAAGUGUUAAUGAAUUUAAAAUUCUAAUUUUUUUGAUAACAUAUGGACGUGCCUUACAAAAACUCAUACUAAAAGUGGCGGAGAAUAAUCGCAAUGCAGAAAUACUUGCUACGAUCCUCAGAAAUACUGCUAUGCAACACCGUAAUGCUUUGAACGUUGUAGUUAUCUCUUAA